GUUUUGGUUUGACCUCAGACUGUCCCACGUGCGACACAGGAGCAGCUUCCCGUCGCGUGCAGUUUAUAACUAAACGCCAUGACUUUACUAUAACUACAGAAGUUUAGUAGUUCUACAACAUGUUGUUUGGAAAAGAUGUGCCGUGGCGGCGUUUGGAGGGCCUGACGUUCGGCAUGUACUCUGCCGAAGAGAUAAGGAAGUUGAGUGUGAAGGCGAUCACGAACUUCAGGUUCCUGGAUGGAGUUGGGAAUGUGGCUCCAAACGGUCUGUACGACUUGGCCCUGGGACCAGCAGACAGCAAAGAGGUGUGUUCAACCUGCUGUCAGGACUUCAACAUGUGUCCGGGUCACUUUGGACAUGUGGAUCUUCCUCUACCUGUUUACAACCCACUGUUCUUUGAUAAACUCUACCUGUUGAUCCGCGGGUCCUGUCUGGCGUGUCACAUGUUGACGUGUCCCAGAGCAGCCCUCCACCUGCUGCUGAGCCAGCUGAAGUUAGUGGACCAUGGAGCCAUGCUAGAUGUCUACACGAUAGAGCAAGUUCUUAACCAGUAUCUGGAAGAGAAUCCCAAAGCCUCUGGAGAUGAGAUUGCGCAGGUGCUGAAAGCGUUUACAGACAAAGCCCUCGGAGUGAACCCCGAAGGUCCGGAGAUCACCAAACCAAUUAAACAUCUUGUUGAAAAGAAGAGCAGUCUGAUAAAUGACUUCUGGAAGAUCAACAUGAAAACAAGGAAAUGUCCGUUGUGCAAGAGCGGAAGGUUUCCAGUACGUCGUGAGCACAACAGCAAGCUGAUUGUAACGAUGCCGUCAGGACUGCAGACCCCUGACAAUGCGGAUGAAGAUCAACUGGCUGGAAAGAAAGUGUACAUGACUGCCAGCACUGCCAGAGAACACAUCAACAGUCUGUGGGAGAAAGAAGGUUUCUUUCUGAGGUGUCUGUUCUCUGGGCUGGAGGAGUGUGAAGCAUCAGCAGAGGGAGAUAAAGGUUUCUAUCCUGACCUCUUCUUCCUGGAGCUGCUGGUGGUUCCACCUUGCAGGUAUCGUCCAAUCAAUCGACUUGGUGACCAGAUGUUCACUAACGGUCAGACAGUCAACAUGCAGGCUGUCAUGAAAGACUGUGGAAUCAUAAGGAAACUUCUGGCUCUCAUAGCCGGGGAAAAUGAUCCUCAGGAAGAAGAGGCUCCUGAACAGACAGACCAGUCGUUCCUGGCUGGGAUCACCGGACAGACUUUGACAGAUAAACUCUACAACAUCUGGAUCCGACUACAGACCCACGUCAACAUCGUGUUUGACAGUGACAUGGACAAAAUGAUGACAGAGAAAUACCCUGGAAUCAGACAGAUCUUGGAGAAGAAAGAUGGAUUGUUCCGGAAACAUAUGAUGGGCAAACGAGUGGACUACGCUGCACGAUCUGUCAUCUGUCCAGACAUGUACAUAGAAACCAACGAGAUUGGAAUACCCAUGGUGUUUGCCACCAAGCUGACAUACCCUCAGCCCGUCACUCCAUGGAACGUGAAGGAGCUUCGCCAGGCCGUCAUUAACGGGCCUAACAUUCACCCCGGCGCUUCCAUGGUGAUAAACGAGGAUGGCAGGAAAACCAUCCUAUCAUCCUCCAAUCUUGCACAGAGGGAAGCGGUGGCUAAGCAACUGCUGACGCCUUGUCCUGGUCCACAUAAGAUGCCAGUGAAGAUAGUGAAUCGUCAUAUCAAGAACGGAGAUGUUUUGUUACUCAACAGACAACCGACUCUGCACAGACCCUCCAUACAAGCCCACAGUGCCCGCAUCCUCCCAGGAGAGAAGGUUUUAAGGCUCCAUUAUGCAAACUGCAAGGCUUACAACGCUGACUUUGAUGGAGACGAGAUGAAUGCUCACUUCCCUCAGAGUGAGCUAGGCAGAGCAGAGGCCUACACAUUAGUCAGCACUGACCAGCAGUACCUAGUUCCUAAGGAUGGUAAACCUCUAGCAGGUCUGAUCCAGGACCACAUGGUGUCAGGAACGAGGAUGACGAUACGAGGCUGUUUCUUUACCAGAGACCAGUACACCGAGUUGGUGUACCGAGGAUUAACUGAUAAACCAGGCAGAGUGAAACUGCUGCCGCCGGCCAUCAUCAGACCUCAGCAGCUGUGGACAGGAAAGCAGGUGGUGUCCACCCUCCUACUGAACGUGAUCCCAGAGAAAGCAGUGCCUCUCAACCUGAUCGGCAAAUCAAAAAUCCCCAGUAAGGCGUGGAUCCAAGUCCCGCCACGUGCUGCUCCGGGAUACAGACCUGACAGCAUGUGUGACUCACAGGUGGUGAUCCGUCAGGGUGAGCUGCUUGUGGGGGUUCUGGACAAAGCUCACUACGGUUCCUCAGCCUAUGGUCUGGUCCACUGCUGCUAUGAGCUUUACGGAGGAGGGACCAGCGGGAAACUGCUCAGCUGUCUAGCUCGACUUUUUACCGCCUACCUGCAGCUUUACAGAGGCUUCACUUUGGGUGUGGAGGACAUCCUGGUGAAACCCGGCGCCAAUAAACGGAGGGAAAAAAUCAUCAAAGAAUCACUCAGCAUUGGCACCAAAGCCCUGCAGGCAGCCUUCAAACUGCCCUCCGACGUGGAUCAAGCUGAGGCCCAGAGCCGCUGGCAGGAUGCUCACCUCAACCCAGACCAGAGAGACUUCAGCAUAGCCGACCACAAGUUCAAAGAAGUGGCUAACCAAGUCAACAAUGAUAUCAACAAGGUGUGUAUGCCAAUUGGACUCCACACCUCUUUCCCAGACAACAACCUUCAACUGAUGGUCCAAUCAGGAGCCAAAGGAUCUACUGUGAACACCAUGCAGAUUUCAUGUCUACUAGGUCAGAUUGAGUUAGAAGGUCGUAGGCCUCCACUGAUGCCCUCUGGGAAAUUCUUGCCGUGUUUUCAACCAUAUGACCCUGCACCGGGUGCUGGGGGCUUCGUGUCUGGAAGAUUCCUCACAGGCAUCAAACCACAGGAGUUUUUCUUCCACUGUAUGGCUGGCAGAGAAGGACUGGUCGACACAGCCGUGAAAACCUCUCGAUCAGGAUACCUGCAGAGAUGCGUCAUAAAGCAUCUGGAGGGUCUGGUAGUGCAGUAUGAUCAAACGGUGAGGGACAGCGAUGGAUCCGUGGUCCAGUUUCUGUACGGUGAAGACGGGCUGGACAUCCCCAAGACUCCGUUCCUGCAGCCACGACAGUUUCCCUUCAUAGAGGACAACUAUGAGGUCAUCCAGAGAUCCCAGGGCCUGGACAAGAUUUUGGCACAUUUGGACCCUCAGGCUGCCAAUCAACACUUUGCAGCCAUCCAGCGCUGGAAGACAAAGAGAGAAGUGGCAUGUCCAAGGAGAGGAGCGUUCUUGUUGUUUGCCCAGAAGAAGAUGGCAAAACUAAAACAGACUGAACAAACAACAGGUCCAGAUGUCAAUGGCAGAAAUGCCGCUGUACAACAACUUGUACAGCAGUGGUAUUCUCUGGAUGAAGUUAGCAGAUCGAAAUACAGCAGGAGGUCCUCCCGCUGCCCCGAGCCCUCGCUAGGCUUGUUUCGGCCAGACGUCUGCUUUGGAUCGGUGUCUGAAAACUUCCAAGACAUCACAGAGAAAUUUCUGCAGAACAGAGGCAUGACGAGUCAAGGCAUGGUCGACACUCACAGCCUUCGCCAGCUGUUGCACUAUAAAUGGCAGCGUUCACUCUGUGAUCCGGGUGAAGCGGUGGGUCUGCUGGCUGCUCAGUCCAUAGGGGAGCCCUCCACCCAGAUGACCCUCAACACUUUCCACUUUGCUGGCAGAGGAGAGAUGAACGUCACUUUGGGAAUUCCUCGACUAAGAGAGAUCCUCAUGGUGGCCAGCUCCAACAUUAAAACUCCCAUGAUGAGCGUUCCAGUACUGAACAACAAGAAAGCCUUGAAGAAGGCAAAGACGCUCCGUAAGAAACUCACCAGGGUUUGUCUGGCUGAGGUUCUGCAGAAAGUGGACGUGGUUGAGUCACUGCGGGUUGAAGGCCACCAAAAGCUGCGGACGUUUAAAGUCUCCUUCCACUUCCUGCCUGCCGAGCGUUACUGUAACGAUAAGCUGCUCUCGCCUCAACAGAUCCUCCACUACAUGGAGACGAGGUUUUUCCGUCUCCUCCUUGAAGCCAUUAAGAAGCGCAGCGCCAAGCUGGCUUCCAUAGCCGUGGAGACGAGGAAAGCCACCCCUAGAGACAAUGACCACAACGGUGAUGGACCGGCUGGCACAGCAGGGUUAGACGACGGGGAAGGAGAAGAGGAGAAAGACAUUGUUGAUGACCAGGAGAACGAAGGAGAUGCUGAUGCUUCAGAUGCCAAGAGAAUAGGCAAACAGGAAGAAGAGGUGGACUAUGAGAGUGACGAGGAGGAUGGAGUUGAAGAUGCUGAAGAUAAAGAAGAUCAGGAAGAGGAGGUGGGUGAGAGUGAGGAGAAGAACACUCAGGAGGAGUCCCAGCCUGAGUGUGAAGGAGUAAGACUGGACAAGAAGAAGAAGAAGAAGAAGCGAGCAAAGAAAGGGGAAGGCGAAGAAAGAGAAGAAGAGGACAUGAGUCAGAUGAGAGUCAACUCUGUUCUGCAGUCCAACGCAGCAAUAGAGAGAUACUGCUACGACCACCAGCAUGAGCUCUGGUGUGAGUUGGACGUGGUCUUACCAGUCAGCAAGGUGCACUUUGACCUGACCUCAGUCCUGUCAACGCUGGCCCAGAACGCCGUCAUCAUGGAAACCAGGGGCCUGACUCGCUGCCUGCUGAACGAAGCCAAAACAAAGACCGGAGAGAAAGAGACGAUUCUUAACACAGAAGGAAUCAACAUGCACGAAAUGUUCAAGUACAGUGACAUCUUGAACAUCAACAGGCUGUACUCUAAUGAGGUUCAUGCCAUGGCUAACACCUAUGGGAUUGAAGUUGCUUUGAAGGUCAUAGAGAAGGAGAUCAAAGAUGUCUUUGCUGUUUACGGUAUCGAGGUUGACCCCAGACAUCUUUCCCUGGUAGCGGACUACAUGUGCUUUGAAGGUGUAUAUAAGCCCUUAAACCGACACGCCAUCAGAUCCAACUCCUCCCCUUUGCAGCAGAUGACUUUCGAGACCAGUUACAAGUUCCUCAAACAGGCGACCAUGCUGGGGUCCCACGACCAGCUAGUGUCUCCCUCGGCCUGUCUGGUAGUGGGGAAGAUCGUCCGAGGAGGAACGGGACUUUUUGAACUGAAACAACCUCUGCAGUCGGAGACGAGAGAGAAACCUCAUGAGGCCUGAGUGGAACGUCUUUGAGUUGUGCUGUCUGAAAACCCCUAUAACACACUUUCUCUGACAAAUAAAUAUAUUUUUUAUGGCAGAUCUACUUCAUGUGAUGAAUGUGGCUCAUCACAUUUUCAUGUGGUGAAGAAAAUUCCUGAAUUCAUUGUUUUAAAAAUGAAUUUAAUUCAUUCAUAGUCACGAUUCCAGUUUUUUGACAAAUGAAUGGGAUCACUGUAUCUUACUGUGAAAUUAUGCAUUGUGGGAGUUUAUAGUACAGAAACUCAACACUGCAUACACAACAAAAUGUGGUACAUGGACAAUUUAGAGGUUUUUUUUCUCACUUGUAUUUAAUAAUAAAUGUUUUCAUUUGUUUAAAUUGUAUCUUAAUCGUUUGAACAGUUUGCUUACGUCUUAAUAAAAGAUAGUUUCGUGAA